GUGUCAUACCUUCAGUAAGUUGAGUUAAAUCAGCACUUUCCACUGAAUUGAGGACCAUAACCAUGCACUGACCGAACCAGCCAGGAUAUCCUGUCCUAGGCACGAAGAUAAAAGGGAUGAGUGCACGUCUGCCUCUGUCCUGAACUCCCGAUCUUCCUCCAGACCUGCUUCGCCUAUUACAACAUGACGGCCCCUCCUUCCCAGGUGCCCCAGCCAUUUCAGGUUUCCGAAUCCAAGCUUCACCGCCGGUAUUUUCGCGUCCCAAAAAACCAAGAAGACCUUCUUAACCGAUCAGAUGCCUGGUCUACCAGGGGUUUUGCCAAUGUUCCAACUGAGGUCCUGCAAAACCUGAAGGACUUUCAUUCCCAGAAGGCAAGGGUACCGCCCCAGCCUAGGCCAUCAGCCAGCUUACCAGGCAGGCACGAUGGGUUGGGAAACGGCUUAUCCCAAGCAGAAGAAGACUUGGGGGAUCCAGCUAGUGAUGACAGCCACUCGCUGACUUCAUGGUCAACAUCCUGUGAGCCAGAGCCCCGGGUGUCCCCUGAAGCUCAAGGACUGCCGUCUGCCUCUCGGAAUCGACAAUCUCGUUCGCCAGGACUUCCCAUGGCUGUGUCUAAGGCUGUUGCUCGGACAUCAAUUAUGGACCACCCUUUCCCAUCCAGCAGCAUUGGAUCGGAUGGCGAGAUCGAGGUCGAGCCUCCGCGGGCAAUCACAGACGUCGCAGACAUCGCAGACCCCGUCAAGAGGCUUUUGCAGGCAACUCAUCCACAGCCCGUCCCUCCCUCUGCACAGGUCCAGGUCGUCCCUUGCACCUACAAUCACCAGAGCAGCCCUAUGAAGCCACCUGAGCUGCUAGGACACCAGUCGAAACGUCGACGCAUGAAACCACUUCCCUUUGGCAGCUCCCAGUCUAACCUGGACACGCCACCUCGACCCGCCACAACUGAGAUUGGCCCCAUGACACUGUCCCUGGAAACCCGUACCUCGACUUCGACAUUCUCUUCCUCCAAUGCUGGGACGGCCGACCUAAUCACGUAUCAGCUGGCUCCGGCAGUGCAGCCCUUGACCAAACGGAAAUAUGCAUUGAUUGGAAGCGAUCAAGGAGAGACCGACGUUGAUGACCCAGAAAUUGGCCACGAGGCGUCGAGUAAUUUGGAAAAUCUGCCACCAAACGGCCCAGCUUCUCAAGUGCCGUUCACGGCUUUCACUGUCCAAUACCCCGAGUACACGGGGAGUCUUGGAGACUUCAUCAAAGCCAUAAUUUGUAUCCAGGACCUCCAACAGAAUCGAGCCUUACCGGAAUUCCUCUAUGACGACUUCAUCCGCGUCUUCUCGGAAGACUAUUUGGACUACAUUGGGAAGUUGGACGAUACGUCCAAAGCUCUCACCGCUAAUCAGUGGUAUAAUGAAAAUGUCCAACAACCAUUAUACACCGGUGGCAUCAUCACCCGGAGCACUCUGAAGAAUGCCGUGGAGUCGUACCCCGAUGAGUUCCGCUCAGUUCGUCGCUCGCUUGGCGGAACUAGGCGUUCAAAUGAGCCUUCUGUGUUGGGAAUCGACGUCACCGGCAAUGAUGACCUAUCACAAGCAAUGGACGUCCUGGAAGGCGUUGGGGAGCACAGUUCGGACCCGAUUGAAUCGACCGAAGCCCCUUGGCCUUCAAACAGAUCCCCCAGUCUGUCGAGGCGGCGAGGCGAAGUCGUUCAUACCACAUCCUACCAGGCAGACAGAUCGCCGGAGAUUACAUCCACCAGGCCAGAUCAGCAUUAUGGCCAGAACCAUGACCAGCACCCUGACCCACGUCAAGUUUCCCGCAAGGAUAUAUCACCAAAGAUAAUGUCGCAAGUCGCACCUGAAAUUGGCCAGAGUGGUGGUCUCUCGUCGCCGCCUCUACAAGAGCACCCUACCCCAAUGGCCGCGACCGCAGCGGCAUACGCGAGGUCAGAGAGUAUUCCCGAAACGGCUGUCAAGCCAAAGGCGCCACCUCGACUCUCUCUCGGCUCAGCAAAGUCAUCCCGGUCACAAAGAUCAACAGCGUCCAAGUUUGCAAACGAGGAUCCAGCCAGCCGGAGUGCGCGUUUCAAGAAAUUCUUGAAGAAGCGGGAGAAGCAUCUGCAGAGCUCUGCUCCCCCCAGCUCGUUCGCAGGUUAGAUGCCCGAAAGGAGGAAUGCGGAUUUCGGACUCGGUCGGGUGGCCCAUGGCGGCCGCAGCCCUAGCAGGUACUGAGGGAAAGAUACGGCAUUAGACCUGUAUACGAUCUAUGGCAGUGCUACGAGCAGGAUGAUACCCUAGAUGGCUGCAAUGGUAAUUUCGUACUCUGGAAGAUGGUUCGAGUUCCAAGAUUAGGUGGAGCGGCUUGAAGAACGGAUUCAACUGUGCAUACCUGUUUGGUUACUCAUCUGAGAGGGCAUCUUCCCCCCCCUUAUUGCUCCCCUGCGCUGAACUAUGAGACGUCAUAAUGUCCCGCGCAGCCUGUGGCAGCUCCCUCGAUUUCAAUGCAGCCCCAAACCCUAAGUUUCUCCCUCCUAGCUCCUCACCCUGCGGUCUCCAAAGCCUUCCUCCUCUCCUCCUCCUCUGGCGUCAUCGUACGCAGCUGAAGUGCAUGUAUGCCGCCUUCACGGGCCAUCUCAUCUUUGAGCAAGGAAUAU